AUGAAUACAUUAACCAGCAUGUUCGAGUCCUUUGGGAGAAAGAGUUGGAGUAGAACAAAUGCUUCGGGUACGGGACCAACCUCCGGUGAUAGGAAGAUGUUAAUCGCUUCCCAAGAACAGGAUAAGAGAGUGGUCGGAUGUUUGGCUGAUAGGGUCAUUACUCUUGUUUUAGGUGUCUCUUCUGUAUCCCUGGAUGGGGACUCCCGGAUUACGGUGACUGGGACAGUGGAUCCUGAAAAGGUACAGAACAAGCUGAGAUAUUACCAGGCUAUGAUAGUUAAGGUUGUGCCUAGGAAGAAGCGGGAUUCAGACGAAGAAGGUGGCGGUGAGCAUUCUAAGAAAGAACAUAAAAAGUUGGUUUUGGAUGAGGAGCUUUCUACAAGAGGCUCAUACAGUGACAAGCUACCUUCACCAGCAUCUAGUUGGGACAGGCUGCCUUCACCAGCAUGUAAAUGGGAAGGAUCAGACGACUUAGAUUCAGGGGACGACAUUACAAUCGUUGCAGACAAAUCCACAACUGUAGCUCCAUACAGGAGGCAAUCGAACGACGACUGGCACUCUUUCUGCGAGUUCCUCAAAAGCCGUAUUCCUCUGUCGACUCCCUAUGGGUGCAGCGCCGAUGAUGUCAUUGCUUUUCUUCGAACGCGGCAGGUUUCAGGCGACAUUGAGGCUCUCGUUAAUCGCCUAAGUACCUUGAGUGAGGCAUACGGCAUAAAACCUGAGAAGAAUCCUUUUCGCAGCCUAGCUGUGACUUCGUACCUGAAGGCAGUGAGGGAGAUGACUCAAGAAACAGAAUGUAUACUAGUCUUUUCGUGCAAUGACAACCUUGAUGCGGACGAGACAUCUUUCAUCGAAGCCAUCUCAAAAGAGUUGCACAAGCGUGAGGUCACCCCAUUGACAUAUAAUCUAUUGGGCAGAGAGAACCUGGAUGAGGAGAUGCUAUACAGAUCUAGUGUUGCUAUUAUGAUACUUUCAAACAGUUAUGUUUGUUCUAGACAGUCCCUGGAUCAUCUGGUGGCAAUCAUGGAACAUUGGAAAGCAACAGGCCUUGUAAUUAUUCCUAUAUAUUUUAAGGUAACACUUUCAGACAUUUGUGGGUUGAAAGGCAGGUUUGAAGCAGCAUUUCUGCAGCUUCAGAGUUCUCUCCAGGAAGACAGAGUUCAGAAAUGGAAGGCGGCUGUGACUGAAAUAGUGUCCAUCGGUGGACUUGAAUGGCCAAAGGGGACUCAGUUGAUGCUUGCCGAGGAAGUUGUAAGAAAUGCAUCUUUAAGGCUUUAUUUGAGAAAUAGCAAGAAUCUGGCCGGAAUCUUCUCAUUGUUACACAACUCCCAGUCUUCAAAUGUGGAAAUUGUGGGAAUCUGGGGAAUGGCAGGAGUAGGUAAGACAUCCAUUGCUAGAGAAGUUUUUGAAAUAUUAGCUCCGCAUUAUGAUUUGUGUUACUUCCUGCAAGACUUUCAUCUAAUGUGUCAGUUGAAAGGGCUGGGCCAAUUGCGUGAUGAUUUCUUCUCUAAAGUAUUUGGGGAAGAAAAACUAAGUAUAUGCGCUUGUGAUACAAAAUUGAGUUUCAUGAGGGACAGGUUCCAUAAUAAAACAAUUCUCAUUGUUCUCGAUGACGUUAGUAAUGCCAGGGAUGCAGAAGCUGUAGUUGGAGGGUUUGGCUGGUUUUCUCAUGGACACACAAUCAUUUUAACAUCUAGAAGAAAGCAAGUUCUUGUACAGUGUAAAGUUAAAGAGCUAUUUGAGAUCCAAAAAUUAUGCGAGUCUGAAUCUUUUCGUCUCUGCAAACAGUACUUGAAUGGAGAAAAUCCGGUUAUCUCUGAGCUUGUGAGCUGCAGUAGUGGCAUUCCGUUGGCUCUCAGAGUUUUAGUUACCUCUAUAUCAAAGCAGCAUGUAGAAAAUAUGAAGGGACAUCUCCAAAGCUUGCGGAAAAAUCCUCCAACUCAGAUGCAAGAAGCAUUUCAGAGAAGCUUUGAUGGACUAGAUGAAAACGAGAAGAACAUAUUUUUGGAUCUUGCAUGUUUUUUCAGAGGGGAAAACAAAGAUCAUGUAGUGCAACUACUUGAUGCUUGCCGGUUUUUCACAUCUUUGGGAAUCUGUGAUCUCAUUGACGAGUCUCUUAUUAGUCUUCUGGGUGAUAAGAUAGAGAUCCCUAUUCCUUUUCAAGACAUGGGUCGAUUUAUUGUACAGAAAGAAGAUGAUAAUCCAUGCGAACGUAGUAGAUUAUGGGACUCUAAAGACAUCAUUGAUGUAUUGACAAACAAUUUGGGAACAGAAGUAAUUGAGGGCAUCUUCCUGGAUAUGUCUGACUUGACCUGUGAGUUGAGUCCUACUGUGUUUUGUGAGAUGUAUAGACUUAGAUUGCUCAAGUUCUAUUGUUCCACCUCUGGGAAGGAGUGCAAGCUAAAUCUAUCUCACGGCCUUGACAUUUUGCCUGAUGAGCUAAGGCUACUUCACUGGGAGCACUACCCUCUGGAAUACUUGCCUCAUAGAUUUGAUCCGGAGAACCUUGUAGAGAUAAACAUGCCUUAUAGCAGCAUGGAGAAGUUAUGGGAAGGGAAGAAAGAUCUCGAGAAGCUAAAGAAGUUGAAGCUUAGCCACUCCAAAAAUUUAAAGGAUAUCCGGAUGUUAUCAGAAGCCCUGAAUCUUGAACAUAUUGAUCUCGAAGGAUGUACAGGUCUGGUUGAUGUUAGUACAUCUAUUCCUUGUUUCGGGGAGCUUGUUUCCCUGAAUAUGAAAGAUUGUUCUCGUUUGCGAAGUUUGCCUGCCAUGGUUGAUUUAACAUCUCUCAAGCUUCUUAAUUUGUCUGGCUGCUCAGAGCUCGAAGAGAUUCAAGAUUUUGCACCAAACUUGAAAGAGUUAUACCUAGCUGGGACUGCCAUAAGAGAACUUCCAUUGUCAAUCGAAAAUCUCACUGAACUUGUUACGCUAGAUCUGGAAAACUGCACAAGGCUUCAGCAACUGCCAUUCGGAAUAAACAACUCGAGAUCUAUUGUCGAGCUUAAGCUGUCUGGCUGUGCAAGUCUCGGGAGUCUUCCAAAACUCAAGGCAUUAGAUUGUGGAACAUCUUAG